AUGGGGUCUCCUUCUCACGGGACUCAGGCCUCUGUUGCACAGAUGACCUUUCGCUCCAUGCCAGGGAGAGACGCUAAAGACGCUUGCCUGCACGAUCAUCGUGCUUCAGACUGGUCAUACGGAGCCACAAAGGUUACAUUGCAGCGAUAA